ACAGAACGAGCACAGAACGUUGUUAUAAGGCACUCUGAACGCCGGAUCUGAGCGUGUUUUCAUCAUCUCUGGGGAUUCCCGGUUCCCGGAUGAAGUCACGGCGCGCACGUACUCUGUCACGAGCAACUCUCCGUGCUAAACCGCGCGUUCUGACCGGAUGAACGUUUGUCAAAGUGCGUCGGAUAAAAAGUUAGCGUGCUUUUGAGGAGAAACUUAAACGGCAGCCCUGCUUUUAACGACUGUUUACUCUUGGCCCGUAUCACCAUGUCGUUUCAGCUUGACGUUUAGACACGAAACUGUAUUUUUUUUUUUUUUUAUUUAAUUAUGUUUACGUACUCGCACGAUAAACAGCGUAGAUCUAUCCGGUAGGCCGUUUGACACAGCUAACGAGCGACUGACGCGACCCGGAGAUGCGACGUCAUACCUGACCCGAUGACGUCAUGACGCUCGGUUUACAACAACCGUAAUCAUAAUAUCGUUAAUAAUAGACAAUAACGCUAAUAAUUACUGUUUAUUAAAAAUAUGAUUUGUUGUAGAAACAGUUAUAAGCUCUCGGCUAUCUGGUGGCAGAAGAUGACAGUUUUAAAGUAGAUGUCUAUUGAAACCACUGAAUAAAAAGGCUCAUACAGAGGAAGAGGAUGAGCACGAGGAUGAAGGACGACGGUCGUUCGAGAGUUAAAAACAGAAGGAUGGAGAAGUCCAAGCGGGAGUCUGAGAGGGACUCGGGCUUCUCAGACGGCGGCUCUGAGCAUCUGAGUGUGGACAGAGACGACGCGUCGAGCUCCAGAUCACAGCUGACCCUGCAGAGCCUCUCACCCGUCAUCUUCAUGAACAAUGUGCUGCUAAAGCAGUCUGGUGAAAACCCUUCGUCUCUGAAGCCCUGGGCGUUCAGUCCGGCGGUCGUUCCUCAGUCUCAGGUGGUCUUCCUUCAACCCGUCGUCCCACAGAGAUCCGGCCCGGUGCCCAAGGGACCCCCGUCCAAACGCCGCAGACACCGAAAGUACCUCCCUAUCCUCAAAUCCUACCCCAGAAUCGCUCCUCAUCCCGGAGACGCGGGCCCUAAGAUCAGCAGCAGCGGUUCCCCUCGCGGUCAGAAAGACUCGCCACCCAGCGCUCUUCCAGCAUCUGACCCCACAGACGGCUCCCCGCAGACGCUGGACACACACUCUCCUAACACGGACAACAAGAUCAAGCGCUUCUGCAACACGUACAACAUCCUCAGCAAGUCAGGCCUGCUGGACAUCACGCUGCGCACGAAAGAGCUGAUCCGGCAGAACCGGCGGACGCAGACGGAGCUGGAUCUCCUGCGAGAACACACCGACCUGUUCAUGCAAGCGCUGCAGACCGGAGACUCGUCCAUCUGGAGCCGGCUGCUGACCAGCACACGAGAGCAGGAGAAACACAGGACUGUCCAGCUGAAGUGAGCCGAAGACGCUUUUAACUCGCCUUAAGCCAGUUCAGUGCAGAAACAUUAAUAUUAGGCCUGGUCUGAGAGAUCUACAGUAGAGCGUGUUUCAGGACAUCACAGAACGAGACAAAGAAACAAGAUUUGGUUUGUUCUUUUCUAUGUGUUUGUCUGUUUGGUGAAGUGUGUGUUGAGCAGAACUGUGAAGGGUUUUGUGUCAUAUAUCAGCUCCAUAAUGUGCUUUUAUAUUAACAGAGCAUUAGACUGAAUUAUGAUCAUCAUCAGUAAUACUGUACAUACUGUACAAGACAUCACUCAGAAAUAAAUCUUCAGUUAAACAGGAGAUGAAUUAACAUUACUCAGCUGUAAAUAUUCACUUUAUCUACUCAUUCUUUGUUUUUUACAUUUCGUUUUUUUAAGCUGUUUUUUUUAUUUCCCACUUUUUAAUGUUUAAGACAUGUUUUACUGAGAAGUACUCUGUGAAAUGUUUUCAUUUAUGUCAUAAAGUUAUUAAAAUAAUGUUGGUUGUCA